CAUUUACAUCCUCUUCUCCACAGUUUGCUCAAGGAAAACACAGUGCUUCAUACUAGCUCUCAGCCCUACCAUAAUGCCUCCCAAGCGUAAAUCUGAUGCUCUCGACGACGCGGACGACGCUGCUGUUGCCCCCGCCGUCGCACCAGCCAAGAGAACUCGCGUGUCGAAGAAGAAAGUGAACGUAGAUGCGGAUGCGGACGCAGACGGCGACGAUGACUAUGCUGACGAUGUCCCAGAGGCGUCGACGUCGAAGGGGAAGAAGAAGGCGAAGGUCCAGGAGGCUCCGAAGGAUUAUAAGGAUAUCAAGCUCGAUGGGGAGGAUGAGGGAGAGGUUCCGAUCUAUGACGACUGUAAUGAAGUCCGUCGUAAGAUCCGCCUUCUGCAGAAGGAACCCGGAUUCAAGGUUACGCACUGGCUGAAAGAGAUCGGUGGUGUGAACAGUAAUUCAUAUGGCCGGUUCAUGAAAGCUACUGGCCCUACUGGAGGUGCAGAGAACUCCACAUACUAUGGCGCAUACGUCUACUUUGAGAAACGGCGGAUCGCAGAGGGAAAGAAGAAGACUGCGAAACGCGAGCGCAACGAGAUUGAGCAUCCGGGCGGGAUGCCGCGCGAGGACAGAGGACGGAGGGGUUAUUGGGUCUUCACCGGUGUUCCCGGACGUCGUUGAACGUUUUUGGACUUGGCCACGCUAGAUGAGGGCUGUACGGUGCCAGAAGCGUGCGUGCGUUUGUUGUGUGCGUUUUAGGCGGAUGAUAGACGCGUGGGGUGUGCUGCAGUUGGCGUAGUUGUUGUUACUUCUUGGAGCUUUGCCUGCGUAUAUGGUAUGAGCUUGUAUAAUAUCGUGUAAAUAGACCGG